AUGUCGUUGAAUAAAAUAGAAAUCCUCCCUACCUCAUCCUCGCACCUCACUCCUGGCUGGGCGUACGUCCCAGACACCCGCUAUGGCAGUUUUACUGACAAUGGGAGGGCUACUGGGAGGGCUUCUGGGGCUCGAAAACGAGCCGUACGUGACCUGGGAGUCAUAGGAAGGGCAGAGGCGUCAUCUUCAAGACAAAACACCGCUACUCUAAGGCAUAUUGCGGAACUUGAUCGAGAAAAUCAUAAAGAUACCUAUAUUCCGAUUCCGACAAAGCAGAAGAGCGCGAUAGCGAAAGACAAACCCAGAGGCAAAACGACAUCCAACGUCCGCCGUAUCCUCCUAUCCCAAAAGACCUUCAAAAAUUACCUAGAUGACGAGGAAGCUGCGCUAGCCCAAGCCCAAUCUCACAGCCCAGCAGCAGGACAACUAUCUUCGACAACUACAACUGCCACUGCUCGCUCUACACCUCUGAAAUCCAGUAAAUCCGGCACCACACGAACAUCAUCCCAUCCAGCAACAGCAACACCCAAUAAGACAGGUAGUACUACAGGCCAACCCUCCGAACCACCCAACGUAGCCUCUUCCCGCUCUUCCACCUCCGCCAUACAGAAACCACAACCAAACCAACAACUAAUCGCCUCAAAUUAUGAUAACGAUCCUCUUCUCCACUCAUACAUUCCCUCUGCCCCCUCUGAAAGACUGAUGCAACUGCUCCUCGCAGAGCCACCGCUGUCAUACAACGCCUCCCUUGCAACGGUAGCCCCACCGGACUGUGGGACGGGGACACCAGCAGUUUCUAAACCACCACGUCACUUUUGUAGCAUAUGUGGCUAUUGGGGCAGAGUGAAAUGUAUCAAGUGCCGCGUGCGGGUGUGUGGGUUGGAGUGUUAUCGCAUCCACGAAGAAACCAGCACAACGUGGUCUACAAGAUACAGCAAUGGAGCGCAAAUGUCCGGGAAUGACUGGCCUCUAGAGGAAGGCUCCAUGACCUCGGAUCGGAGGUUAGGAAAUUCUACUCUGGAGAAUGUGAAACCACGUUAUCUCCUUAGGAUAUGGGGAGGGGAAAGGACCAGAGAAGCUGUCGUUAACAGCAUAGAGGCGUGGAAAAUACGAGCCGUGGAGAUUGAGGGGUUCGCAUUACGACAGUAUUCGUUUUGA